AUGGAGACCUCGAAUGAACGCCUCUCGGACGCCAUUGCCGCUGCCCCAUACAGCCACAGGCCCCCGAGUCCGCCUUAUAUUCCGAUUCCUAUGACUUAUCCAAAGGGACCUGCAGCAGCCACCAUCGUUCCCUCAUUUGACAAUGUCGACGCUAUGCGUUUGACAAGUGAGGAUCUCAGAAUCAUCACUCGCAACAAAACCCAGACAGCCACCGACAGAUCGGUGGGGUGGAGUUACGAGUCCCGCCGCAAAGCCCAGACAAUCUUGGACUUUCUCUAUCUCGGUCCCUUGUCUGUCGCUCGCGACGAGACUUGGCUUGCAAAGGAGGGUAUCACCAUGGUCAUAGUGACGCGUCAUGCAAGAGUCGCCCAAGCCAGACUCAUGAGUGUGGACAAAGUCGCUCAAAAGCUGGGCAUUUUGGUUGAGUACUUGGAUGUCUUGGACAACGCCCAGCUGAUCCGCGGCUUCCCCGAGGUUGUGGCAAAGAUCAACGGACACCUUCUCAAUGUGUAUCGCAGCCAGGCGAUGCCCAUGCAGGAAGGCCAAAUGGUUAUCGACAGCGACACCUUCAAGAGUGGCAAGGUGUUGGUUGUUUGUGAGACGGGAAACGACCGGUCAGCUUUCGUUGUCGCGGCCUACAUUAUGAACAUGUACGGGAAGGACAUGGUCUCGGCUGUCCAGUUCAUCUCUAUUCAGCGGUUCUCCGCCAACUUUGACGAGGAUGGCAAAAGAAUGCUGCAGGCAUACGAGGAUAUACUCAAUGCUCAGAGAAGCGUUUCAAGCGCAAUAAGAGAUGUGCCCCGGGCUAGUCAGUUCGCCGUUCCCAGCGGUGGGGGAAAGAGAGGGAUUGAAUCAAUUUUUGAUGAGGAUGACAUGCAAGCAGAUGAUGGUUAUACGACAUUCACCACAGAUCGUGAACGCUAUCAGGACCGGGGCAGAUUUGCUCCUUUCGUCGAUCGUGAUUUGGCAUCCUAG